CAUCACCGACGUGAUUCUACAUAUGCGACGCUGUAUAAAAGAUAACUAACGCCAAUUCCGUCUAAUGCGUCUGGAAAAUUCGCUUCAUCACACAAGAAAAUUUACAGGGUUCUACACAAAUCGAACGCUGAUUCAUAGGCGGGGAUGUCAUUAUGUUGCAAGUGGACAAGAAUAAGAUGCAAUCGCAACAAACGAAGGGUUUUUUCUACCUGAUUUCACUCGAUUCCUGUAACUCCUUUCAACUCAAUGAAUCAAGAAUUUCAAGAAAAAAGUUUUGUAUCCCUGGUGGGCUGUUUCCAAACCAACGAGAGUUCUUCGUUGGCUUUCUAUUUUCCAAGGUUUCACUACUAGACUGUCGAUUGUGAAGUACUCACCGCACAAGGACCAACAAACGUGGGAUGCAGUUUUUUUCUUAAUCCGGGAGUUCAGCGAUGUGCAAGUGUUUUCAUCAACACUGUUUUGUUUGUGACUAGUGAAAGACAAAACCAGCAAACCACUUCCCAAUGAAGGAACGGAGUAAAAAUCGUCGGAUCGUUGUCACCUUUUCAGGUAGUAUAUUUUAUGACGUAACGUUGACGUAAAUCGUUUGGGAAUUUAAUGAAUAUGUAAUCAUUUAUAUUUAUUGACUGGAGCUUUCAGUUUUAGCUGUUUCAUGUUUCAUUUUCAAAUGCUUAGGGGCGUCGCUGAUUCUCGUUGAAACAACGAUUGAUAAUUUCACAAGUAUUCCUUGGAAUUUUGAUCUUGGGAAAGAUAAAAAGCAAGCAGAAGAGCUGUAGCUUCAUAUUUGGCUUUUUUGUUUCCUCUCAGAUUUUUAUUUAGAAGUAAAAUGUGAUCCGUGAUGCCUGACUUAUUUAAAGUAUUCAUCAAGGAAAUCCCUCUAUACCUGCCAAUUCCGUGAGUUGUUCUAUAUUUAGUAACUGAAUCUAUUUAUACCAAAAUGUCCACCUGGAGGUGUUUAGUAAGUGAAUUCUCAUUCCAAGAUUUCUUUAGAAACAGUGCGCCGGUUAGUAAGUGAGACCCACACUGCAAUAGAUUAGUGCAUGCGGAUGGGAAAACUGGUCAGGCAUUUGGACAUCAACAGUAGCUCGAAAUUGUAGUGUUGAUAGGUUAUAUAAAGGCUGUGUUGAGUGCCAUUAACCAGAAAUUUUCGACCGCACAGCAAGUUCGCAUUCGACAAGUUUCUUUGGCACGUUAAAGAAAAUAAAUAUAUCUUUUCAUUUUUUUUUUAUUUUCCAGAUUAAAUUUCCUCAUUCCUUGAAUUGGAAGAUUCAAAAACAAAACUUCUUUGGUUUAGCACCGUAAAUCAAUAUUCUAGUAUGUACGGAAUAAUUUUCGUGACCAUAGGAUCUGUCGUUCAGGCAGAAUAUGGAACCGAUCUAUGGUUCUCGCUUCUAGAAAAAGUAGGCUACCGAAACAUAAUUUUCUGCACGCAUAGUGUGUAUCCAGAUGAUUUGGUUGCAAACCUAGCGAACGCUGCCGUAACUGAAAUCGGCAACGGUUUAACUGUAAAAGAUGUUAUUAUGUAUUUCGGUCGCUGUUUCAUCCGAGCAGCUGGGACUUUUGGAUAUGAAAAAUACAUCAAAAGAUGUGGACGAUUCUUUUGCGAUUUUCUUUCCGGAAUCGAUAGUGUUCACUUGCAUAUGAAAUACACCUACCCCAAAAUGGAUAAUCCUUUCAUUUACAUUCUCGAGGAAGACGAGAAUGGCGUCGUCAUCCAUUAUAGGACUUCCCGGAGCGGCUUUCCUCCUUUCCUUUAUGGCAUAUUAGAGCAGGUCGCCAAAGAUUUUUACGACCUGCAUAUUUCUACGCCCUUGCUUCCAGAUAAACCAAAUGAAAACAAUGAAGAAGGCCUUAAAUAUCAAAUUCGGCUCAAUUUUGACAAUCGGAAUUACAUGGCUUGUAAGGCCAUGGAAAAUGGUGCGAUUGCGCUGGAGCGCAAAGGGAAUUUCCUCGGCAAUCUAAAGUGCAACAAGCAGCACAAACCGCUGACUGAACUAUCGAGCGGCAUUUUAUUGCAGCUGUUUCCCUUCAGCAUGAUUUUCCGGUUGGAUCUCAAGAUAAUCUCUGUUGGUUAUCAGCUGAAGCAAUUGUUUUCGCGUCGCAAGUUGAUCGGACAAUCCCUCCCUGAGGUUGCAAGGUUGCGACGCCCCAGGUUAAAUCUCAGCUGGGAAAAUUUGGUCACUCUUCAGCGCGUUGCGUGUGAGCUUGAAAUGAUGUUGGUUACGCAAACCACUGACGAAAAUUCAUUGUCGAAGAUUUCCAGGACAAUAUCAUACAAAUCAAAAAGAGUGGAACCUAAUUAUCUUUUACUUCGUGGCGAAAUGCGACACAUUAAAGAUUGGCAAGCCAUCAUAUAUCUCUGCAAUCCGCUAAUUGACAACAUCGAUGAUUUGUCCGAAUUGGGACUCACGCUUAGUGAUCUCACUUUACACGGACAUGGUCGCGAAAUGAUCAUGGCAGGACAACAACACAAUUCUAGAUUGGAAGAUUUGUACGAACGUGCCGAAGAAAAGGCAAACCAAUUGCAAGUAACGCACGAACUUCUCGACGAAUGGAAAAUGCGAGGUGACGAGCUGCUCUAUUCCAUGAUUCCUCAAUCCAUUGCCGAAGGGCUACGAAGAGGCCAAGAGCCAGUUGACACUUGCGAGGCUUUUGAAUGUGUAACUAUCUCGUUUGUGGAAAUGACAAACAUGGACGAUCUAAUGACUAAAAGUGCACUAGAGGCUGUCAGUUGUAUGAAUGCCGUUUUCUCUGCACUUGACAAUGUGAUUGAUCAACACAACGUUUACAAGGUGGAGACGAUAGGGAAUGUGUACAUGGUAGUUGGAGGUGCUCCAACCAAAAACGAAACGCACAUAAAAGAUGUGUGUAUGGUGGCACUUGGCUUCUGUGAUGUGAUGGAGGAGUUGUCUGUGAACAACGACACACGUGUCCGGAUUCGUAUAGGAGUUCAUUCUGGUCCUGCGGUUGCUGGAGUCUUGGGCAGAAAAAUGCCUCGCUAUUGUUUUUUUGGUGACACUGUCAACACUGCAGCCCGCAUGCAAAGCACCAGUUUGCCUGGCAAAAUUCAAAUUUCGCGCGUGGCUUACAACCUUUUGCAAUGCUUUGAUGGAUUCAUUAGUGAACCACGCGGAAUCGUGAUGGUUAAGGGCAAAGGCGAAAUGGAAACUCAUUGGCUUUUACGAUACCAGCCGCUCCAGAAGAAAUUUUCCCUUGACGACGAAGAAUCUGAUUUCCUCUAGCGGAGCACCUGGAAAAAUUCAAUUACACUCUUACUUCCUUUUCCUUGGUCAUUCUGGAAUUAACCAACGUAUGAUACGAACGUCCAUUAUGAGCCGCUCGAUCUCCAUACUGUUAGGAAUUAAAGAAUGUGUGGUAUCUCAAUUGCUAUUCUUUUUUU